AUGCCGAUUUGCAUACGCAUUGCAUCCAAAUCAUUGCAUUUGAGACUCAGCUUUCACUGCAAUUUUCAAAUUAUGAGUCUUCAAUCUAAACAACACAUAGUAAAGAUACGACCAUUUCACACACAUAACGAUGUGUUCGAGGAAGAUUAUUCCUGGUCUGAUCCAAAUGGGCCCAUGAAGGUCCUGCACGAUUAUAAUAAAGUACGCAUACCAUUCAUCAUCAAAACGCAACUAACGCAGCCAUCAUAUGCCAAGGAUGCUUACCUAAGGUAUUUAAAACGCAGAACAAAUGGUGUUGAUUCAAAUGUUUUACAAGGAUUGAAAGUGUUUGAAGUUGGAUGUGGCGGCGGAAUCCUUUCUGAACAAUUGGCUAUGCUGGGAGCCAAAGUAUUAGCAAUUGAUAGCAGCAAAAAGGCCAUUAGCCACGCCGUCAAGCGGCUUGAACAACUGAAUGCUACAAGCCAUGAAAGGCUGAAUAUUACAUAUGUUUGUAGUGAUCUGAAACUGUUUUCCUAUUCUAAUGAUAGUGAGAGUUGUAAGUUUUCCAUGAUUGUGUGUUCUGAAGUUCUAGAACAUAUGUCCAUGGAGGAAAAGUUGUUGUUUUUCUCAGUUUCAACCAAAAUACUAUCGGACGAUGGGACAAUAAUAAUAACCACACCCUCUAAAUCAUUAUAUUCACUAUUCGCUAACAUAUUGUUAGCUGAAAAUGUGUUCCAAAGUGUUCCAAAGGGAACUCACUGCUUUUCCAUGUUCAUUUCGCACAGAGAAUUGUUAGACAUAGCCGCCAAAUACAGGUUUCAAGAACUAGACUCUACGGGGCUAUUAUACAUACCAUUUUGCAGAAAAUUUAUUCCCGUAGGUACUAAAUCACAAUUAUACAUGACUGCCCUUCGUAAAGCAAAAGAUAGUUAUUUACAGCCGUAA